GGCACUGCUAGUGUGGUGAUGGCGAAUGAUCAUUGGGGACCUCUUUCGUUUCUGAUUGAGCUGAAGCGGAAAGCUGAGUACGCUUCUGUUUUCAUCGAUUGUGACUUUGUUAAGAGUGGAGCAGAUGAGAGUUUGGAAGCGAGUGCGGACUGCGAUGAGAACUUAACAUUUAAAUCCUUCUGGGAAAUUCUUUCCGUUUUUACGCAGAAGCUGUUGGAAACACAAGUUGAUGAUCAGAAGUGCUUUAUUUUAUACUAUUCAUUUAUAAACUGGAAUAAUAUUGUUGAACCCUUUAGUAGCAUGGAACUAGUUGCUUUGCCAACAGACGACUUUUUGGAAACUUCCCCUGGUAUGGAGUAUUUCUGCCGUGACUCGUGCUGUCAUCAGAACAGGAAGUGCGCACACCAGUUAGAUCUUGUGGACGGUCAGCCUAAUCAGCGUUGGAUUCCAAAUGAAAAAAAAGCAGUAGUUUCCAACUCAUAUAUCAGCUUAUAUUGUCGGGUAAUUCUUUAUUGGAAAUUAAAAUAUUUUUUUUGCAAAAGGUGUCUGGCUUUUAUCGGAAAGAUCAAAAGGAGUAACUUAUUGCUUGAAAGAAUAACGAAACUGUGCUACGGUUAUCCUAUUCACUCUUUUUCCAGAUUUGGAUGUAUGGAGCGCUACUUUAUAUUCUUAUUGAUUUCUCAGAGUGAACUACAGUCAACUUUAAAACUCCUGAUCAGGACUUUUGACAAAAGACCUUAUUUGUUGAUUUGGCUUUUGGAACCGUACACGCUGCUAACUCAUGGUCAGUUGGAAGACGUUAGUGAGAACCAUGAGCAUUUCAGCCCAUUCCCGGUCUUGAAAAUGCUGUACAAGGUGUUCGAUGGAGAGACAGCUAAAAGAGAUCCUCGUGCAAAUGGUAAAGAUACGAGUGUUGGAAUCAUUGAAUUACCUCUCCAACCGCUUAUGCAUUUGAUGGAAAUUCUCAUGUCUUCUUCACGAGUAUUUCCACCGAUUUGUCGCGCUAUGGGCCAGUUUUAUGUCGGCUUUUUGAAAAUCAACGAGCCAGCUUGA